AUGACAGACACACAACAAGCAGCCAUCCAACGUGCAUUGGAUGCAGAAAAACAAGUACAUCGUCUUGAGAGAGAAGUUCAGUCUUUACGUACUCGAAAAACACCCGGAAGAUCAAAAGAUAUAGAUUCAUAUGGAAACGACAGGAAUGAGUUCCAACUGUCAGAGCAAGUCAAGGACCUAACAUACCAACUGUCGGCAAAAACGAUGGAGUUGCAACGAUUAAAAGAAACUUCAAAUGCACGCCUGUUAGCAGAGUAUGAAGACAAACUUAAAAAGAUGCGGGACAUCUUUGCUCAGGCAACCCGAAAUUUGGACGGCUAUCGAGCCACAAUUGCGACCAAGGAAACCGAGUUGGCUCAGACUAAUGAACUGUAUAAAGAAACCAAGCAAUCAGAAGAACGGUUAAAAGCUCAAGCUGAAGAAAGAGAACGGGAUUAUGAGAAGUUAAAGACAGAAGGAAGUAGUCGAAAGGCAGUGGAUAUUUCUCAAAUAAAACGACUGGAAGUCAAAGUGCGCCAGCUAACAACCCAAUUGAGUCAAGUACAAGCGGACUAUGAGAAUUACAAGAAGCGAGCUCAUCAGCUUCUUCAACAGAAUUCGGAUGCAAAAGAUCAAGGAAAAUAUACUGAACUUGAGCAUCAGUUGAAUCAGAUGAAAUUGGAAAGAGCAAUUGUGUUUGUUGAUCUGUGCGUGGGAGUUAGUGAGCAAGCAAUGGAGAGAACAGAAAAUGAGAGGCAAGCACGUUUGGUUGAACAGGAUCUUCGUCAAGCACUGGAGCGCAUCCGGUAUUUGGAAGAUUUGGAAAUCAAACAGAUUUCCUUGCAGAGAUCAUUGGAAGAGAAGAAUAGAAAUAUAAAGGAGAUUGAGAAACAAAUAUCACAAGAGAGAGAGGUUCAUGAACAAAGUGCAAGAACUCAUGGUUUGACAUGGUGUAAAACAGCAUUACAGAGCAUUCGGACGGCACACGAAGAGAAUCUACAGCUUCGAUAUGAUUCUUUACCACAGAAUAAAUUCAGAGAACAUACCCCAAAACAGGAACCAAGUCGUGUUCAGGAACAGGAUAAAGAAAAUGACACUGAAAGGGAUGAUGAAAGAGCGGGAUGGGAAGCUACAAUAGAAAGGUUAGAGGAAGACAACAAGCGGUUAAGAGAGGCUUUGGAAAAUAAAGAAAAGGAGAUGGAGGUCAAACAAGUGGUCUCAGAAGUAGCACCAGAGGCGAUUGAGAGUAAUGAAAUUGAUUUGUAUGCUUCCAUGAGUCAUCUAUUAUCCCCUUUUGUUGGGCGUCAGGAAGAGCCCGUUGAUAUGACAAAACAAGUGAGAAGGCUUGGAGAUAUGCUGCAAGAAAGUGAAGAGAAAGUGAAUGCACUUAGGGCACAGGAAAAAGCAAGUUUAAUGCAAGCCGGAUGUGAACUGGUUUUGGAAUCUAAAGAAGUAUUUUGUAAUAGACGUCUUGAUUCGUUUGACAAGAGGCAAAAUAUGAAUGCCGAGUAUCUCAAAAAUGUACUUCUCAAGUUUCUUCAGUCCGAGAAUAAAGUGUUUAUGGUACCUGUACUAGCUAAACUCCUUUACCUUAACCAAGAUGAAACAGAUGAGCUCCAAAAGGCAGUGAUUACGUAG